UCACGGGGAGGCUGGACGGGGAGGAGACUUGACAAGCUGGGUGGUGCAAUGUGGCGCUGCAAAGUCUUUCAGCACUCACGGGGCGCAUGAAGGUGGAAGACAGUCGCAGCACAUUGAGCCAAAGCUUUGUGAGAGUGUGACUACCUCCGAGAGUGACCAUGAGAGCCCUUCUCUUGAUCUGCAUGCCAGUUGUGCUGCUCGCCCAGGCUCAGUACCAGGAACAGUUUCCUUUUCUUGAGGACUAUGGGCCCGAUUAUUUGCCAGAGAGUCCGGAUUCUGAGAAUCAUUAUUCUGGUCCUGGAAAUUUCCAGCAGCAGGUUCGAGUCGAUCCCGCGAUCCGUCCAGAAAAACCAGAGACUGAUUUGGAGACGGAGCCCACAGAGCCCGGUCCUCUCGAUUGCAGAGAGGAGCAGUAUCCCUGCACCAGACUCUACUCCGUGCACAAACCAUGCAAGCAGUGCCUGAACAGUCUCUGCUUUUACAGUCUGAGGCGUGUGUACGUCAUCAACAAGGAAGUGUGUGUGAGGACCGUGUGUGCACAUGAAGAGCUGCUUAGAGCGGACUUGUGUCGAGACCAGUUCUCGCGUUGCGGUGUGGCGGCGUUGAGCGGCCACUGCGCGUCUGUGGGGGCAAGCUGCGGGAAGAGCUGCGGUGGUGGCUGCUGAUGGAUGCCCCCAAACCCUCCUUGAGACACUACAACCAACUGCAACCCUUCUCUUUCCUCACUGAUAUGUCCUGUCGUGCAGUGUUUCCCAACCUUUAUUAAGCCAAGGCACAUAUUUUACGCUAGAGUCACCUCACAGCAAACGACCAAAAAAAAAAAAUGACACAAAAAGUAUAGAUUGUGGAUACUCUCAUAUUCAAGGUUCGUCAUUUAGGGGGAAAAAAUUGAAAGCUAUUCACUGUUUUUGUGUCAAAAGCGCAAUCUGGUGGCAUCUUGGUGCCAAGGAGUCAUGUUGGUGUGUGUUAAGGAGCUUCAUUUACACAAAGGUAGUCCUUUAAGCAGUUAGAGUGAUGCCUUGAGAUAAGAGUCUAAUUUGCUCUGUGACCAUGCUUGUACUGUAUCUCCUUAUACUCUUAUCUCAAAUCAUCUUGCCCCAAUAAAGCCUCCUCCAUCGCAGGGAUUACGUUCCAGACCACCUCCGCAAAAGUGAAAUCCGCAAUGUAGAAUCUAAAUAUUACCUAGCACUUGGGAUUUUUUUAGGUCUUUAAAUACUCUUUAAAACAAUAGAAACACAUUUCAUAUGUUGAGAGAGAAAGCCAUAAUAGCAAUGGAUAAAACUAAAAUAUUGUACAGUGAAACAGUGUAUCGACCCAUGUUUACAAUUAAAUAAAUCAAGUUUUUUUUUUCAAACUAGCAAACAUCCCACAGUAUACAUCAUGCCAAAAGAUGUACAUUAUAAAAUUAUCCUACAAGUGUUGCUUUCUGUAGGCAUAAAAUGCAGGAUGGCAAGGUUUGAGACCAUUCAAUAAUCUCUUUCUCACCUCUUCUGCAACAAUGAGGUAGAGACUUCGUAUUUUCUCUUCUUUCGAAUGAACAGUUACACAUAAUAUUGUGCCACUGCCUGUUGCCCAUAAGUGUCAUAACACCCUAAAAUGAACACAAUUACGGUGCAACUGAACGGAAAAAAAAAAUCCACAAAAUUAACAGGACCGCUAAACCCACGAUGGAGGAGGGUUUGCUGUAAUCUAUUCCAAACUCCCGACUAAACAGAAAAAAAUGUUUUUUCAGAAGAAAAAUUCUACUCAAGAGUAUCACAGUAGUAGUUCAUUAUUUCCCAGGGCUCACUGGAUGAGCUAAUGGUUGGAAAUCACCGCUAUCAUGUCACCUCUUCCUAUUUCUCAUGCACAGCUGUUUGCCUUCCCCUCCCCCCCCCCACAUGUAUGAUGAGCCUGUGCGUUUGGAUUCGUAUACUCCAAAGAAGCGGGAUGACUGUAACAAAUCACUGGUGCUAUAAACUCAUCACACUGGUGCUGUAUUAAGAGAUGCAACUGGCUGCGGAGACCCCUCAGUUUGUUUUGCAUACUGUACCGUAUUAAUCACGUGCUUUGUAUGUCGUUUUUUCUUAUACUGUACCAUAACAAAAGUCAUUCAGUCAAAGCAGGCACUGACAUCAGCCAAGAAGAUGACCUCAGCUUUUUGAGCAGCAAGCGGGUAACAAAAUGCUUUGAGAAGGCUUCUCCUAAAGCGCGACUGCUGCUUUGUAAAACUAUCAUCAUUAACAGAUAAUAAAAUGUUUCUUUUUUUUUU